AUGGAAGGAACUGAAAGUAGCUCCAUGAGUGUUUCUCAACCCUUUAUUCCCAUUUUCAAAGACCAUUGGGAUUUAUUGAAGAUUGGCUACGACAACAAUGAAGCAAAUGAAAGUUUCUUAAGGGAAAACCAAAAGAAAAAUUGGAAGGCAUUGUUCUUCCUUCAACAAGAAGUUCAAGACAUAUUUUUUUCCAGAAUCGCAAUGGCAUCCACUUCAAAGGAGGUUUGGGAAAUAUUGCAGAAAGAAUUUAUGGGUUCAAUAAAGGUAAUAGAAGUGAAACUUCAGACUUUUAGACAAGAGUUUGAGGCUUUGCUUAUGAAGGGGGGAGGCAGCAAAAAGCAGGACUAUGUAGGAAGAGGUUGUGGAAGAGGAGGUUUUUGUGGCUGGGGAUGUGAAAGAGGUAGAGGAAAAGGACGUUUUGAUGGGCAAGAGAAGCAAUCCAUUGGGGAGCAAAGGUGGAAGAAAAGCUCUAUUCAUUGUCACAAUUGCAAGAAAUUUGGGCAUGUAAAUGCAAACUGUUGGGCACCACAUGCACAUUAUGUGGAAAAAGAAAAUGAGGAAAGCAAGCUAUUUAUGGUUCAUUCUUCUUCAAAUGAUAUUCAAAAUGAUGUUUGGUUUUUGGAUAGUGGUUGUUCAAACCACAUGACUAGCAAUAGAUCAUUGUUUAAAGAGCUUGAUGAGUUACAGAAGGAACAAGUCAGACUUGGAGAUAACAAGCAAAUUCAAUUUGAAAUCAAAGGUGUUGUUGUUGUAAAGACUAGCCAUGGUAAAGAAAAAUUACUUUACAAUGUUUUCUUUGUUCCUAAUUUAGCUCACAGUUUGUUGAGUGUUGGACAAUUGAUGGCUAGUGGUUAUGAAAUUUUAUUCAAUGAUGGAACAUGUGUUAUUAACGACUUAAAGUCUGGGCAGUCCAUUGUUAGUGUGUAG